UUUGGGUCCCAUUAAGUUUCAUGAAAUACGUUAACAAAGAUCUAACGAUGCAAAGAAAACUCACUUACAAUUGAUUUUUAAUCGACUUAAGACAUGAAUUUCAUAGUUAAACAACAGAGAACGAGGUAGUGACACCAGCGCUUUGGAUAACGAAUCCUAUUUGUGUUUUGAUAAACGUGAAAUCGUGCAAGAAACCUGCUGCUUUCGUUUUCAGACGAGCAGAACAAAAUUGGUGAGGAAAAAUAUUACGUUUCUGAAGUGCAACAAGUGAAUCUGCAGCUAAUUUACAGGAGCAUAUUUAUGCUUCUUCACAACUCAACAGGAGGGUAACAGCAAGAUGUCGAAAGUUUACUCUGCACUAGAGAUUUCUCGCCAUAAUUGUGAAAAAGAUAUAUGGAUUGUUAUUGAUGGAGGCGUCUAUGAUUUGACAAAAUUCCUGAAAGAGCAUCCAGGCGGUGAGGAGGUACUCUUAAACUUAGCAGGACAGGAUGGAACGAAAUGCUUUGCCGAAAUUGGUCACUCAGGGGAGGCUACAGCUCUUAGAGAAACUUUUAAAAUCGGAGUUAUCUCUUAUCUGCCUAGCAUCACUCCAGGAACGAUUGAAACAACAACGUUGCCAAUUUCAGACGACGACGGAGACGAUGACAAGGACUGGAAAUAUGAAGAACCCACGAAGGAAUCUUCACCAUAUUUACCGAUAUUUAUCUCAAUCAGCAUUCUCAUGAAGUCCCACUGAACAGCUAUAGCUAACUUCCAAGAAUUGCGACGUCACAACAGCUGAGCGAGCCGAGCGAGACGCGUCUAUAGUCGUCGCACCGAUCUGUUUCUUAAUUGUUUAAGUAGAUACUCUGUUCACCGAGUGAAUAACUAACUAGAUAACGCAAUAACCUAUUGACGCGCAUCUUUACGUAUUUGGGCGGAGAUACUGUCAAAGAAGAACUUGUCUAGAAGAAACUGUCCAAUAUUGGAGCAUGUACUUAAUUUUUUAUGACGUUUAUGGAGCGUGCGUGUCAAAUUUCUGAGAAAGGCUUCCAUAGUUGCACGCAAUGGACUUAAUUAAACCACGGAAUCAAAUAAUAAAUUCAGUAAUAAUGAUAUAUCAAAGAAAAGUUGCUUUUAUUUAAAAGAAACUGUCUUCUGGGCGUAAUUUUAUUUAUAAUAGAGGCUUUAUUUAGGUCAUAUUUAGCACUUCUCUUAAAUUUAUAAAGUGACUUGAUGUAAGCCCACAGUCGGGCUACAGACUACUUUUAAGAUUAUGCAGCGGCUUAAUGUUAGCCUAACGUCUAGCUAACAACUAGUUUCUAAACCAUGCGGUGACUUGAUGUUAGCCCAUAUUGUCGCC